UAUUCCAUUUCCACCCGUUUUUCCUCUCUUCUCUUCUCUCUCACCUUUUUCCUUCUUUAAAUCUCACCUCAAUCUCUCUCCCACCCCUUCCCCCUUCUUUUCUCUCUCCUCCAAAACCCCAUUCAAACCCUUCUCCCUUUCUCCGCCCAUCCUAUUUUCUAUAUUUCUAUAUGCUUUUUUAGAUCAAUCUUCGCCCUUCAUUUUCGGGCUCUUUCCUAUGGCUUACAUGUGCACUGAUAGUGGAAAUCUAAUGGCAAUUGCUCAGCAAGUUAUCAAGCAACAGCAGCAACAACAAGAGCAGCAACAACAAAAUCACCACCAUCAAAACCACCACCCUCAAUUUCUCGGGACCAAUAGCCCUUUCUUUCUCAGCCCAUGGGCUCCCCCUGUUCCUCCUAUGUCCACUAGUCUUCCUCCUCCUUUAGGGUUUAGCGGCGCCGGGUUUCAUGACCCGUUUCAGUUGGGUGCUCCAUCCACUGAUUCGAAUGAGGCUUGGCAGUUAGAUCAUCACUCUACCUCAUUCCGAUUUGCUGAUUAUAGUGGUGGUGCUCCUGAGUUUGACUCGGACGAGUGGAUGGAGAGUUUAAUGAGUGCUGGUGCUGCGCCUGAAUCCACGGGUGCUAACGAGAGUUCUAAUCUUCAAUCCGCUUGUGACGCCUGGCAAGGCGCAAGUUCUGCUGAUUUUAGUAUUUACGGUGUUGAUCCUUUUGCCACGUGUCCUUCUCGUGUCAAUGUGACUAUAUCUCCACCGUCGGAUCUCAAUCGCGUCCUUUACUCUGAUGCAGAUAAGACCGUUACCACCCAGGCUUGGGUCCCACCUCCGCAAAAAGACCCUUCACCAAAAACCGAUUCACCCCAAACCCGAAACGACGCCGUUGCUGUCGUUUCGUCUUACAUUGAUGAAGGAGAGCAUUCAUGGCCACCACUCAUAUCGGCUCUUAUCGAGUGUGCUCGACUCAGUGAGUCAGACCCAGAACGGGCUGUAAAAUCGCUAGUUCGACUCAGAGAGUCGGUUAGUCAGCACGGAGAUCCAAUUCAAAGAGUUGCCUUUUACUUCACAGAAGCCCUUUACUGCCGUUUAUCUCCCCCUCUUUCUCCACCUGCCGUUGAAACGACGGCGUCUGAAGAGUGCACUCUCUCAUACAAAGCAUUAAACGAUGCGUGUCCAUUCUCUACAUUUGCUCACUUAACAGCAAAUCAAGCAAUUCUAGAAGCCACCGAAGGAGCUGAAAAUAUCCAUAUUGUAGAUUUCGGAAUAGUUCAAGGAGUCCAAUGGGCCGCUCUUCUUCAAGCUUUAGCAACCCGGCGUAGUGGGAAGCCCAAUAAGGUUCGGAUCUCUGGGAUACCUGCACCGGCUCUUGGAGAAUCUCCGGCAAGUGCUCUCUUCGCAACAGGAAAUCGUCUUCGGGAGUUCGCCAGAGUUCUUGAACUAAACUUCGAGUUUGAACCCGUUCUUAGCCCAUUCAACGAGUUAACAAUAUCGAGUUUCCGGGUCGACCCAGAUGAGGUACUUACCGUUAAUUUCAUGCUUCAGUUGUACACUCUCUUGGAUGAAACACCAAUUGAAGUAGAAAGUGCUUUAAAUCUAGCGAAAUCACUCAACCCAAAGAUUGUUACUCUUGGUGAAUACGAAGUGGGUUUAAACCGGGUGGUUUAUUUGACCCGAUUUAAGACUGCAAUAAAGUAUUACUGUGCAGUAUUUGAAGCACUGGAACCGAAUUUGGGGAGGGAUUCAGUAGACAGGGUUCAAAUAGAGAGGGUAAUAUUUGGUCGGAGAAUAAUGGGGUGUGUCGGGUCAGAGUUACCGGGAAAGAGAAGAGAAAGGAUGGAAAGCAAAGAGGAAUGGAAAGAAUUAAUGGAGAAUGCAGGAUUUGAGAUGGUAGCCCCAAGUCAUUAUGCAAACAGUCAAGCAAAGAUAUUAUUAUGGAAGUAUAAUUAUAGUUCUUCCUAUAAGUUAAUGGAUUCUCAACCUGGGUUUCUUUCUCUUGCUUGGAAUGAUGUUCCUCUUCUUACUGUUUCUUCUUGGCAUUAAUUAGCUACAAGUAUUAUUUCUUUUUGAGGGUUUUUUUAUUAUUGAUUAUAAAUUAGGGUCUUUUAAUAGAUGUUUUAUUUUUUUUAAUUCUAUAAUCAAGCUUUUACUAUCUUGGUUUCUCUAUAGCAAUGUAAUUGAUGAUUUAGUUUUUGGUUUUUAGGUUAGAAAUUGUUGAAUUAUACAAGUGUAAAAAGAAUAUGGAUUACUGAAAUGGGUAUGUUUCUUUUGCAUGUUUUACCUCA